AAUUCCACUGUUUAUAUUUCGAGCAAUCGAAAGUGAAAAUGUUUUUAUGCAAAAAAAUGGAAUACCCCAAAAGGCACGUUUUGAAUUUUCAAUAUAACGCUGGAAUGUAAGAAAGCUGAUGGUUAACACACAUAAAUUUAGUGGGAGUAUUUACCCAACCCCUGUGGUAGGUCAGGACAGUUACCACAAGGAGGGCCUACCAUUAUUUUUUGUAAUGAUGCGGCUGAAUAUCAAAGCAGCUCUGGUGAUCCUUUGCGGAGCGGUUGUACUGAUAACGCUAACUUUUUGGAGUCGUUGCGGCGACCUGCCCGGUUCCAGAGAGUGGCUACGUCAGAACAGGGAGAACGCUGAGCGAGGCGGUGAAAUUCAGGGUUCCGAAGAAAUCGAUUGUGAUAUUAACGGAGAGUAUAGCAUAGGGUGCCGAAGGGAAGGUGACGAAGUUUAUUUACCUUUUUCGUUUUUGCACAAAUACUUUGAAGUUUACGGCAAGUUGGCCGUCUACGAUGGAUUGGAACGUUUCGAAUGGUCGCACAGCUACGGUCGUGUUUAUCAUCCGAAAGGAAAGUAUGAUCCCAAAGGUGUUUUUAUGUAUUUUGAAAAUUAUAACGUUGAAGUACGAGAGCGUGUCAAAUGUGUUAGUGCGAUUGAGGGGGUUCCUAUAUCGACUCAGUGGGAAAGUCAGGGUUACUUUUAUCCUACGCAAAUCGCCCAGUUUGGUCUCUCUCAUUAUAGCAAAAAUUUAACUGAGCCCGAACCACGGCGGAAGGUAUUGGAGGACGGGGAGAAGGAAAUCUCACAUUGGUCAAUACCCGAGUCGGCUAGCAUUUCUAGAAUUUCCGUAGAUAAAUCUGCUAAUCGUGUCUUAAAAUUUUCCACAUCUGAUAAUUAUAGCGGGGGAAUUAGGGUAAAGAUGGAUCAUGUCCUCGAUUUCGUGAUGAGUGUAAAUAUUUUAUUGAACGGUAAUAGCAGCUUUAGCGUGAUUCUACAGAACCGAGAGAAAAAAGAUAUUUACAACUUGCAUUACAUCGCGUCCGAUAUACUCGUAACUGCUCAAGAUAAAAACAUUUACCACGGCAUCGGAUUUAAUCUCGGCUGGUGUAGAUUAACUCGAGAUUUAAUUGUUGAUUUACAAAAGGGUUUAAAUUACCUCGAGAAGGAUAAGUCGAAACACAAAAUGCCUCGUUCAAAAAUAAAAGUUAUCGGCUUCGUCCUGCGUGGAAAUGGCGCUAUUGAUAACUUAACACUUUCGUCUUCAGAACACAUCCAGCAAUUUUACGAUGCCGCCAACUGGUUUGUGAAGUAUCAAGAUAGACAGACGGGCGGAUGGCCAAAUCCGGUGAAACGGCGUAUUGCUGUUGGUUUUCAAGAUUUGGAACCCGGCUGGUAUUCAGCAAUGGGACAGGGUCAUGCGAUUUCGGUGCUUGCGCGAGCCUAUCAUCAUUCGGGAGGCGAUUCUACUUACCUAAACGCGGCCCUGAUGGGACUAAAACCGUUCAGAGUGCCGAGCUGGCAAGGAGGCGUUUUAGCUACAUUUUUCAAUAAGUACCAUUGGUACGAAGAAUACCCGACAAAACCUGCGUCUUUUGUCUUGAACGGGUUUAUAUAUUCACUUUUAGGUUUGUACGACUUAAUGACAAUCGCCCCUAAUCAUGCUAAAGAAGCCGAUCUGUUGUACGCCGAGGGUAUGAAUUCUUUGAAAAAUAUGCUUCUACUGUAUGAUAUGGGCAGUGGGACUUCUUAUGAUCUGAGACAUGUUACGUUAGGUAUAGCGCCGAAUUUAGCUCGAUGGGAUUAUCAUGCUACGCAUGUUAACCAGUUGUUAUUACUUAGUACAAUUGAUAAUGAACCUUUGUUUACCGAAACCGCUGAAAGGUGGAUUGCUUACAUGGCGGGAAAACGGGCUGCUCAUAAUUAGCCCUUGUUACUAAAACCAUAAUUUUUAAAGGACCAAUAGAUACAGGGUGGGGUGUCUAGAAUAUGAUUUAUUCAUUUGACAAAUGAAAACACUGUACUUACUUUCAGGUGUUUUUCAAUUUCAUUUAUACAGUGUGAUACACAUUUUGACAUUAACAUUUGAGUCAAUUCUGUUUCGCCACGGAAUUGAAAAAAUCUUGAAAUUAGAAUGAAUUGCAAAUUUUUAUGCUCUAUUAAUUGUUUUGAUUUGGAAGAUGACUGAUGAGUACUGCUAUACUAUACAGGGUGCUCAGAAUUGUUGUGUAUUUUAUUGAUAUCUCUAAGGUGACGUUAAUAGACACAUAUGGAGAUUACAGUUUUUGCAGUAUUGACCAUGUUAAUAAUAAUAAUAAUAAAUUGUUUUUAAGGACGACAGGGGUCAGUCUAUGGCUGCUUGAAAUUCCAACCCCUGACCAUUACUUAUAAGCAGGUAGGUACAACAACAAUAGUUUCUUCCAAGCAUAAGUAAUUUUACAUAACCAUUUUGACUGCGGCCCCACACAUUUUCUAUUUGUAAAUACGUUACAAAUACGAACAAUGAAUGUUUAAUAAAUAACGUGACCUUGUCAAAAGUUUUUACUCCUACUUUUUUAAGAGCCACUUUUAAUAUCUAGGUGGCCGUGAUGGGCCCCAAACUAAUCUAAGGACCUUAGGUGAUCUCAGAAAAUUACAAUCGCAAAGUUUUAGUGGCUAAUAUGAGAGACGGAAAUAAAACAAUUUGGCAAAAUUACAUUUUCAUGUCUUAACUAGUAUUUUCAAAUGGCAACCCAUUUUUAACAAGCACUUUCCAAAAAAAGAUAUCUAACGAUACAGUCUUUACAACAAAUGUAGUAGAUGGUGUAGGGAUUUUAUAAAUGUUUUGUAUUCAAAAAUCUAUGGAGUGGUUCAUGGCCUGGCCAUGGGGUGGUUAUCAAAAAAUGUUUUUUUUUAUUUUUGUUAAAUCGCUAUUUUGUCAUUUGAAAAAAUAAAAAAUAAUUGCAAAUACAAAUGUUUUGAGCUUGAGUUACAAUAUGACUUCGGUAUAUAACACUGUACCUUCGCUCUCAAGGGUUUGACCAGUAAAAAAUUUAAGUGUGAGAUGUUCAAUAUCCUAUUUACAUCACAAAGUUAAGAUUUUGUUUUACUUACCUUUUCAUUUUUAUUUUACGUCUCCUUAUUUAAUAUUUGUCAAUUAUAAUAGUUAUUUAUUUUUAUGUCACUAUGAUGUACAGGUUUUAUUUUUAGCUGUUAAAGUGUUACUUUUUAUUUUAUAUGAUACUCCACUUAUUUAUGUGCAUGGUGCAUAAUAUGGAAAAGCAGCUUUUGCUAAAUUUGUACCAUGAGAUUCCAUGUAAUUCUUGGAAUAAAUAUAAUAAUAAUAAUAUAAAUAAUAAUAAAUAAAGAAAUAAAUAUUCAUAUUAUUAUUAUUAUUUAAAAAAUUGCCAUUAAGAUAUACAAGGUGUUGUUGAAAAUACCCACUUUGGGUCAAAUCUCAGAAAAGGUGGUCCAAAAACUUUUUCAGUAUGUCACUGUAUUCUACGUAACAAUAUCCCAAAUAGGCAGUUUUUACCUCGGAAUUAGUAGAACUCUAUCUAUGUAUCUACCUAUUACAAUGAGACCAGUUAGUAGGUAUGUUUAUACAAACUAUUAAUUGCAAUAUUUUUAAACAAAAAUCCAAAGCUCAGUUAUAAGAAUUUAUUGAUCAAUUUCAACUUAUUAGUAUUAUUAUAUCUUCUCUAAAAAUUGUAAUAUCCAUAUCAUUAAAGUGAUAGCAAAACAACGUCUUGGUAACCAAGUAAGAAAUCUCAGGGAAAUUGUUGGAGAAACAACUUUAAUAUAUGCUGUGUAAAACUUCACGUAUCACACUGUAUAAAUGUUUAAUCCCACCCGUUAAGUGAUUAAUAGAGUUUUUAUUUAAAUAUUUUUAUCUAUUUAUGUUUGAUACUGCAUUUUGGUUAAAUAGUAUUUUUGUUAAUCUAAUUUUAAUCUUCGCGAAGGUAUGUUUCUCUUACACUCUCUCGAUGAAUGCAACGGUCACAAACAUUUUUGCUAUUUAUUUGGGUGCUGAAUUUAAGUCUCUUUUUUUCCUUAUAGCUUCCUUUGUCUGUUAGUCCAUUUAACUGUUGGAAAAGUACUGUAACAGUACCAACACAUCUCUCUAUGUUCUUUUCAUGCUCACAUUCAAAUGUGAAAAGUCUUCCAACAAUAAUCAAAAGUCUGUGUGUUUUAUGUGAAAUUGAUUUUGAGUAUAGCAACAUACUCACUUUUUUAAUGCUUUUUGUUUUUAAUCCUGUUUCAAAAACCUGAUGCACGCCAAAGCAUUUUUAUUUCAGAUGUGUAAAUCUACCUUCGUAUAAACCUAGUCUGGUUAGUUGAAAAAGGUAGCAAAUCUUGGCAAAACACUUGAUUCGAUUAAUUAUAACUAGCAGCUUUGUUGAGAGAAGUAAGAGAGACGUACAGGAAACGAUUUAUUGGUAGUUUCCUUAUUUUAAAGGAACCAUAACUGUGAUAGUUGCCUCCACUAUUUUCAAACUGAAAAUCUCUUCUUCAAGGACAUUUUGUUUGAAAUGUGGUGUAAUAGAUGUUAUUUUAUUACAUUUUUGCAAAAUGCUAGUAACCAGAGUAGUUAACAAGCAAAUUUUUAUUUCUGUAACAUUCGAUAAACGUUAAUAAUGUUGUUAAAUUGUCUAAACUCAAUUUCAUUUUUUGAGUUUUCUGUUGGACUAUAUGGAAUGUCAAUUAUUACUCUCUCUAAUUGAUAGUUGAAUUGUUUUUUAUUGUAAAGUUUAUUAUUACCAUAAGAAUUAGCUGUAUUGAUUUGCCAAAUACUGCUUCUUGUACAGUUGCAUUUAGCAUUAUACAAAGUGUUUAUAAAUGAUCGGUUGGUAGCGUACAGUUGGACCGACCAUUUACAUUCACAUCUUAGGCCCAUUCUCUUCAUUCUAAAACUAGAUACAUCAAUCUACUGUAAAAAGCAGCUUUACUCCAAUACCUAGAUACUUAGAUUUUUUAUGAAACUUUGUUAACCGUAUUUUGACAAUGAUUGGACCAUUAUUUGCCAAAUUUUUUGUAAAUUUGUUACGCUUAGUAUUAUUUUUCUUUUCCGUUCGUAAGCAAUCUAACUAGAAUUGAGAUAAUCAUCGUACAAUAUUUAGGUACUUGCACAGUAUUUAAAUUUUGUGACUUAAAACUGCGAGCUAUUCAUGUAAUUGAGGUACCUAUAUAUUUUUAAUUCGGUGAGCAUACAUUACGAAGGAUUUGUUAAGUCUCUGUGAUUUGUACAGUAUAAUAGGAUAAAUUAAAUGGUUGAUAGUUGGGGUGGGGAGCGGAGAAGGUCACUGCCAAAUUAUAUAUGAUUGUAAAUCACAGAACGUUAGACUAGAAGCACCAUCUAAUAUAAAAAAUUGUAUCCAAAUAUAUGUGACUGUGACAAUAAUACUAGGGAAAUACAAUUGAACACUGAA